AUGAUUCCAAAGCUAAAUCUCUGGCUGAUAUUAGCUGUGGUUCAGCUUAUGGCAGUGGUAAGUGGAUUCUACCUCCCUGGUGUUGCCCCCACUGAUUACAAGAAGGGUGAAUCAAUUCCUCUCCUUGUUAACCACUUGACACCUUCCAUGCACCACAUGUCUCAGGACUCGAAAACGUACGUUUAUUCGUAUGAUUACUACUAUCCAAAGUUUCACUUCUGUCCUCCCGCCAAUGGACCGCAAAAGCAACUGGAAAGCUUAGGCUCAAUUAUAUUUGGGGACAGAAUAUUCAACUCACCAUUCGAGAUCAAAAUGCUUGAAGAUAAGCAGUGUCAGCGUCUUUGUCGAAGCACCUAUUCGAAGGAAGAUUCUCUUUUUGUUAACAGAAACAUCCGUGCUGGCUACUCUCACAAUUGGAUCAUCGAUGGGCUACCAGCUGCUCAUCUUGUUCAAGAAUCUCGAACCAAGACCAAUUAUUAUGGUUUAGGAUUCAGUAUUGGUGAGGUGGAUCAAUCAAGCUUCGCUCAUUUCUAUAACCAUUUCUCGAUUCAAUUAGAGUACCAUAAACGGGAUGAACACACGUAUAGAGUGGUUGGUUUCACCGUUUCUCCUCUGUCUUUGGAUAGAAGAAACGUCGAUGGUGCCAGUGAUGCUGAUACUUACUGUUCUUUGGAUUUACCACCUAUCACAUUGAAGAAAGGGGAAGAAACUCAACUUGACUUCACUUAUGAUGUCAAAUUUGUGGCAAGCGAUAAAGCUUGGGCUACUAGAUGGGAUAAAUAUUUACACGUUUAUGACCCAAAGAUCCAAUGGUUUUCCCUCGUGAACUUCUCAUUGAUUGUUGUGGUAUUGGGCAUUGCUAUGGCCAACAUUUUGUUGAGGACUUUGAAGAAUGAUAUUAUGAAAUACAACGAAGUCAACUUGGACAAUGAAAUCAGCGACGAAAGUGGUUGGAAAUUAGUCCAUGGUGACGUUUUCCGUCCUCCUCGUUACAAGCUUAUCUUCUCCGUGCUUGUGGGUUCAGGUAUCCAAAUCUUCCUUAUGACUUUAGUCACCAUUGUGUUUGCAUUGUUUGGUGUAUUGUCCCCCUCCAAUAGAGGUAGCUUGUCUACCUUUAUGUUUAUCUUGUACAUUUUUUUCAGUGCAGUGUCAUCAUUCGUCCUGAGUUACUUGUACAGAUUCUUUGGAGGCGAAGAAUGGAAGAUGAACAUUCUCCUUAACCCACUUUUGGUGCCUGGCUCAUUAUUCCUGUUGUUCGUUUUGCUUAACUUCUUCCUUGUUUUCGUGAACUCAUCUGGAGCUAUUCCAAUUGGCACGAUGUUGGCAAUUGUGGUCAUUUGGUUUGUUAUAUCUAUUCCUUUGGCAGUGGUGGGAUCUUUACUUUCUUACAAGAGACCAAUGGUUACGAUUCCCGUUAAAACCAACCAAAUCCCAAGACAAAUUCCUCCUCAACCAUGGUAUUUGAAACAAAUCCCUAUCAUGUUGAUUAGUGGUAUUUUCCCCUUUGGAUCGAUUGCGGUUGAAAUGUACUUCAUCUAUACUUCCAUUUGGUUCAACAGAAUCUUCUAUAUGUUUGGGUUCUUAUUCUUCUGUUUCGUGUUAAUGAUUAUGACCACAUCAUUAAUCUCGGUAUUGAUGAUCUACUACUUGUUGUGUUCAGAAAAUUACCAAUGGCAUUGGAAGUCGAUGUUUAUUGGUGGGGGAUGUGCCGUUUAUGUGUUGUUGCAUUCCUUAUUCUUGGUUACAGGGCAAAAUUUGGGUAAUUUCACAUCUAUCGUGUUAUACUUUGGCUACUCUUUGGUUAUCUCAUUGUUAGUUUUCCUUUGUUGUGGAGCAGUGGGAUUUGUCUCGUGUUUUGUAUUUAUCAGAAGGAUUUAUUCCCAAAUCAAGAUUGACUAA